CAAAACUUUCAUGUGUGGAGUCAUGUAUAUUACUGUUUUCCUUUCUCAAACGGUUUCUCCUCUGAGAACAUGUCCUGUAUCUCAAACUGCUGCUCUGGACCGGACCGAUGGCUGUGGGGUUUUAAGGUGAUGGGAAUGAGUCAUUUUAUGUUGCACCUCUGUACUUCGCACACAAGAUCGUGCAGAAAACAGCACUUUGGACAGAGGCUUGGACUUGGGUGUCCAAUUUGUGGUGUUGCUUGAUGCUGUCUUUGAAUGAUGAAGUCCUCUGUACACGCAGAAGAAGAUGACUUUGUGCCAGAGCUUCAGAGGAGCAUCCAUCCCAGAGAGAGGCCAGACUGGGAGGAGACUCUCAGCGCUAUGGCAAGAGGCGCUGAUAUUCCCGACAUCCCAGGGGAGCUGGCGCUCCGGACCUGCGGCAGCACAGCCAGUAUGAAAGUGAAGAAUGUGAAAAAAUACAUCAACCCGGGACUGAUGGGCUGUGAUGCCUUUCACAGGUUAUCCUUUACAAAGGGUCACUUCCCAAAGAUGGCUGAAUGUGCACAUUUCCAUUAUGAAAACGUGGAUUUCGGCAACAUCCAGCUUUCGCUCCCGGAGGAACAGAAUGAAGUAACAAGAAAUGGCUGUGAAUCCAAGGAACUGGUCUACCUUGUUCAGAUCUCUUGUCAGGGAAGGAGCUGGAUCGUGAAGCGGAGUUAUGAAGAUUUCCGGGUGCUGGACAAACACCUUCACCUGUGUAUUUAUGACCGGCGCUUCUCCCAGCUCUCCGAGCUGCCCCGCUCUGAUGCCCUGAAGGACAACCCAGAGCUUGUCACCCAGAUGCUGAUGGCUUACCUGUCACGUCUCUCCGCCAUCGCAGGCAACAAGAUAAACUGUGGGCCUGCUCUCACAUGGAUGGAGAUUGAUAACAAGGGGAAUCACCUGCUAGUCCACGAGGAAUCAUCCAUUAAUGUUCCUGCUAUUGCUGCUGCCCAUGUUAUUAAGAGAUAUAUUGCUCAAGCAGCAGAUGAACUGUCCUUUGAGGUGGGAGACAUCGUGUCUGUCAUUGAUAUGCCACCAAAGGAGCUGACCACAUGGUGGAGAGGCAAACAUGGAUUUCAGGUUGGAUUUUUCCCUAGUGAAUGUGUUGAACUAAUUAACGACAAAGUUCCUCAGUCCGUGACCAAUUCUGUGCCAAAACCAGUCUCCCCUGCCCACGGAGCCCGUCCAGCGUCCUGGAGCUACUUCCCCCCUUAUCUGGAGAUGGAUAGUGUAAAGCCAGGCUCUGCGUAUGUUACAGAGGCUCUGAACCACUCCCAGCCAAGCUCAGUGUCGAAAAAGCACGGCAAGCUCAUCACCUUCCUGAGGACAUUCAUGAAGUCGCGCCCAACCAAGCAGAAGCUGAAGCAACGGGGGAUACUGAAGGAAAGGGUGUUCGGCUGUGACCUGGGGGAGCAUCUUCUCAACUCUGGCCAUGACGUCCCACAGGUCCUCAAGAGCUGCACUGAAUUCAUUGAGAAGCAUGGCAUUGUGGAUGGGAUAUAUCGUCUGUCUGGGAUUGCAUCCAACAUCCAGAAACUACGCCACGAGUUUGACUCCGAGCAGAUCCCUGACUUGACAAAGGAUAUUUAUAUUCAGGACAUCCACUGCGUGGGCUCUCUCUGCAAACUGUACUUCCGUGAGCUCCCGAACCCUCUGCUCACCUACCAGCUUUAUGAGAAGUUCUCGGAUGCUGUUUCUGCUGCUACAGAUGAGGAACGGUUGGUGAAAAUCCAUGAUGUCAUCCAGCAGCUGCCCCCUCCUCACUACAGGACACUGGAGUUCCUAAUGAGGCAUUUGGCUCGUCUUGCUGAUUACUGCUCCAUCACAAACAUGCACACCAAGAACUUAGCAAUUGUCUGGGCUCCAAACCUCCUGAGAUCAAAGCAGAUAGAGUCUGCCUGCUUCAGUGGGACCGCUGCCUUCAUGGAGGUGCGCAUCCAGUCAGUGGUUGUGGAAUUCAUCUUGAACCACGUGGAUGUCCUCUUCAGUUCCAAGCUCAGUUCAGUCAUACGGGAUGGAGCAGGGCACAGCUCUUUAUCACGGCCCAAGUCUCUGUUGGUGUCCUCUCCUUCCACCAAGCUGCUCACACUGGAGGAAGCCCAGGCACGAACACAAGCCCAGAUCAACUCUCCCAUCGUGGCAGACAGCAAAUACAUAGAAGUGGGAGAAGGCCCUGCAGCUUUACAGGGGAAAUUCCACACAGUCAUAGACUUCCCAUCCGAAAGAAAAAGGCCUCCCAGCAAGAUGAAGAAGUCACCAGUUGGCAGUUGGCGUUCCUUUUUCAACCUGGGAAAAUCCUCAUCCGUGUCCAAACGCAAGCUGCAGCGCAAUCCCAGCGAGCCCUCAGAAAUGAAAGCCAUAGCCCUGGCAGGUGGACGAGGAGACAGUGGGACUCUUCGCUCAGCUAAGAGUGAAGAAUCACUCACCUCCCUGCAUGCUGUUGAUGGUGAAUCUAAACUCUUUAGGCCCAGAAGACCUAGGUCCAGUAGUGAUGCAUUGUCUGCUUCCUUCAACGGAGAGCUCUUGGGAAACAUGAAUCGCUGCAAUUCUUAUGACAACCUUCCCCACGAUGACAGUGAUGGGGAUGAGGGGCUCAUCCACGUUCCUGCCUUGAUUUCUCCUCGAUCUGCUGAAGAUGUUGACCUGAGCCCACCAGAUAUCGGAGUCGCAAGCCUGGAUUUUGACCCUAUGUCUUUUCAGUGCAGCCCACCCCAAGCAGAGUCCGAGUGCCUGGACAGCAGCACCUCCUUGCUGGAGUCAGUUGGCAUAAACAAGGAGAAGCCAAGCCUACUAAAGAAAGAUUUAGAAUCAGGCAGCCAGUCCCAGACACCAGGCAGUGCCACGAGCUCUGAGCCAGUCUCCCCUUUCCAUGAGAAGAUGAGUCCCUUCUUCACUCUGGACCUGAGCCCCACGGAAGAGAAGAGCUGCAAACCCCCCACGUUCUCACCCACGAUGGGCCGGAAACCCAUCAAAUCUCCACCACUGACUACACCCGAACCCAUCUCCUUUGCACUGCCCAGCCGCAUGCCAGAAGCCAUUGGAGCAGUGCCCGUCACAUCCAGAAACUCCUCUGCUUCCAGCUGGAGCAAAGGGAUUGGCAUGACUGAAAUCACAAACAGGUCCCCAACCCAGAUGUCCUUGCCCCUGAAAAACAGUGAAACAGGAGCAGGGGAAGGAGCCCACCAAGAGCUACAGCACACCCAGCUAGUGGCUGCUGGCAAAGCAGAGUUGCCAGAAGAAGGGGAGAGACCAAUGUCAAGCAGUCAGAAUAAGACUGUACCCACUGGACACACACAGCCAGGAGCAGUUGCCCUCGACUCCCCCCAGGAUCCUGUUCCCGUCAGUUCUGUGUCUCUUAUCCCUCCUCCUCCUCCGAAAAACGCGGCGCGCAUGCUGGCCCUAGCGUUAGCUGAGUCCGCGCAGCAAGCGUCCGCCCAGUCUCAGAAAAGGCCAGGAGAUGCUCAUGCUGAAAGCACAAAUUAUGGAGAGGCUGAAGCUGGCACAGCUCUAGAAAAGCUCCAUCUCUCUGCCGGUGCUCCAGACAAGCUCCACCUCUAUACUGGUCUGCCCGAGAACCGACUUCACUUCCAGACGGGUGCACCAGUAGAGCAGGAUUUCCAAGGUAGCAGCAGCACACCCGGGGAGCAGAACCACCCACCGGGUGCACCUGGAAGCCAGGACCCCCUUCCACCUCUCCACACCCCAGGCGUGCCUGGGGACGUGCCUGGUAGCAGAGAUGCAGAGCAGGAGCAGUCCAGCUUCCAUCCUGGUAAACCGGGGGACAAAGACCACUUCCCCUCCCAUGCUGGGGACUGGGACCACACACCCCCCCACCCUCCUGGUGCACUGCCUGACUGGGAGCCACCCGCAGCAGACUUGCCUGUAGAUAAGCCCCAGCUCCGCGCCUGUGGGGCUGGGGACAAGCACCACAUUCCCAUCUGCACAGCUGAUAACAAGCUUCAGUCUCCUCCUGUCCUAAGUGCCGGGGAGAAAAGCGCCCCGGCCUCCCUGCCGUACUUAACACCCAUCCAGACAGCAGCAGCUGAGCCUCAGCGGGGACCGGCGGGUGCCACCACGACGCAGGCAGAGGUGGCGGUGCCAGUGCCGCGCACAGCACCGAGCAGCCAGCCCGCCCCGGCGCAGCGCCACGAUCCCCAGGCAGCAACGGGACAAGUGCCGGCGGCCUCCACUAAAGCACCCAGUACUUCCAGUCAGGCAUGGGGCACAACUGCACCUGAGAAGCCACCGGAGCCCACGCCUGGCUUUGUCUCCGAAGGCAGUUCCACCACCCGCUGUUCCUCCUCUUCUGCGCCCCCGGGCCACCAGAGCCAUGUGGAAAAGCCUCGGGAGACAACGAGGGCCCCCCCGCUGCACCUGCGAUCUGAGUCCGUCCCUACUCACCCCUCCUACAGCUUCACACCCCCUGUCCCGCCGGUGAGAACACUGGAGAGCAAAAUCGCUGCCGCCAUGCACUCGAACAACACAGACACCAUCAACAACUCCAGCUACCACACCUUCCUCUCUUCCUCCGUGCUGGCCUCCUCCAUGGAGGAAGCCCUGCUGCCACCACCACCACCACCCCCUCCUCCCAAGCACACUUCCCUGCAGACUGUGUACGUGCCGCAUCCCAAGCCAGAGAGCAUCCCGGAGCCCUCUGGUCCGGACAGCUACCUGCACCACAAGCCAGCUUCCAUCCACCAGUACAGGCCUGAGAGCGUUCCUCCACACAUCUACCACAGCAAGCCUGACCAGCACCAAGCCUACCCUCCUCGCUCCGAGACCCCCGCUUCCGCGGGCACUCGCUACAACACCUACACCACCCAAGGGAAGAGCACCUCUGCUCUGCACUCCAAGCCUCGCAGAGAGUUUGUGUCCUCCGUGAGCCCAACGGGCCUGCGCAGCGCCGGCUAUGCCGAGGAUGCUCCACCCUACCCCACAAUCCGGAGGGUCCAGUCGCUGCACGUGCCCACCCCUGCUGCCGCUGCUAUCCGCUCCGUUCCCAUUUCACGGACCGAGGUCCCUCCGGAUGACGAGCCAGUGUACUGCCCACGGCCCCUCUAUCAGUACAAGCCAUAUCAGCCCCACUCCGACUACCACGUAACUCAGCUGCAGCCUUACUUUGAGAAUGGGCGGGUACAUUACCGGUACAGCCCUUACUCCAGCUCUUCUGCAUCCUCUUACUACACCACUGCUGAUGGGAGCUUUUACGAUCUGGAUCCCUACAGCACCGUGCGGGUCCGGCCUUUCCAUCCCCUGCCCAGCCGAGACUUUGCCUCCUAUGCCUCCCGGCUGCAGAGCAAGGGCCUGUACCGCUACCCCAGUUUGUCAGCCUACCCUCGGGGCGGCCUCAUCGGCCACCUUGCAGGCAAAGAGCACAGCUUCAUCAGCAGAGACGUGCCUCCUGCCCCAGACAUCAAGCACAUGUACAUGUCCUGGGACCUGGAGGACAUGGAGAAGUACCGCAUGCAGUCUAUUCGCCGGGAGAGCCGCACGCGCCAGAAGGUGAAAGGGCCGGUGAUGUCCCAGUAUGAUAACGUGGCCCCACUGCUGCAGGAGGAUCUGGGAGGACUGGAUGUGAUUCACUUGCGCAGCAAGUCAGAUCCUGGGAAAACUGGCCUCCUCACCGUGGCAGAAGGGAAAGAGGGGAGGUACCCAGCCAAAGCAGCUACGCCCGAGGGCGACGAGCGUUACUACAUGCAGCAUCCUGAGCCAGAGCUGGAGAGAGCCCACUACCACGGGGCCUAUGGGAACGGGCAGUCAGAGAAGCCGUCCCUUCCCCAGAAGCAGAGCAGCAUCCGGAACAGGAAGCUGCAUGAGCCUGGCUGCAGCACAAACGAACACAGGACGCACUUGCAGCAGGAAGCGAGCCAUAGGCAGCCUUCCGAAUCCAAAAACGGGCCCCCUUAUCCCGACUACAGGCCCAAAGGUGGCCCAGAGCCCUCCGAGCCCAUCGGUUACCAGCACGCGGGCAGCAAGUACAUCCCGGCGAACCAGGAGACCCUGAGACUGAACCACAAGGAGGUGAGGUUGGCAGAGGACAGGCCAGACUUGGAGAGGUCUCGAGGCAGACCCACCAUGUCCAUGGAGAAACACUCCAGAGACUGCUAUAAGGAAGAGGAACACGCUGCCUCCCCCAUGGCACCACCGCCCAAGCCCGAACGGAGCCACAGCCUCAGAAUGCAGCACCCUGACCCCAUGGAGAGGGACUCUGCCCUGCUCUACCCGUACCAAACCCUUGGGAAACGCCAAAGCACUAUGACUGUGGUGUCCCAGUAUGAUAAUUUGGAGGAUUACCAUACCAUGCCUCAGCACCAAAGAGGGGGCUAUGUUGGAGGAGGGGGGUUUGUGCCCCCCAGUUUUACCCAUGUGCACAGUAGAACUUAUGCCACGGCGCUCGGCCAGGGAGCCUUCCUCCCGACGGAGCUGUGUUUGCAGAGGCCUGAAACAGAGGUCCACGUCGAGUGAGCUGGUGGGGGGGAAGGUGGGAUAGAGUCUAAGCAGCCUCUGCUGGACAGUGGACUGUUUUAUUUUUUCAGUGAUGGAAAAAAAACACAAACACAAACCAAUCCUGCCCCGAUGAGCAAAGCAAACCCCCCUUCAGCAACCCAGCCCCACCACUCACUGUUUUUAUGUAGUAGAGAUAGAGCUUUUCCAUGUAGUUUUGAGACAACUGGAAUGAUAGGGCAGGCUCUUGGCACACAAACGUUGCCAGAGAGACCGGGCAGAGCUGAAAGACAUGCUGUUGGGGCAGGGAGGGAAGGAAAAGCAUUUCCUUCCCUACAUUUGCCAUUGGCAGUUAGCGCCGCGUCCUCCCCGUGCCCCACAGUCCUGUGCAUGAGGGACUGUGCAUGCAGCUCUUCUCCCUUCCCACUGCCAGCUUCCCAGCAAGGGGCUCCAUACAGGCCUUGGAAAACCAAUGUUCUGCCCCCCCCAAGGUUACACAGCAAGAGCUGGAUGGGGGGGAAAGAAUUCCCAAGUAUUUUCCUGAUAAAUGCUGAGGUCCUGUGUCUCCCUUGAAAAUUAUUGCUUAGGCCUCAUGGAUCCACUUCAAUUGCUCUGAAGUGGGUGGGAGCCUGUUUUCACUCGAAGCCUGUGGAAUAGGCUCUGGAGCAAGCUCAGAAUACAACACACCUUUUAAAUUGCUCACUUACAAGCUGUUUCUGACUACAAGAAAUCAAUUACUUGCAAUUUCUGUGGCCAGCUAUGGGAGCCAAGUAGGGCAGUUUGCAUUUCGCAUACCAAAAGAAACACCACACAAAACCACACCAAACCAUGCACACCCAUUGGGAACAGCACACCCAUUUCAUGCCAACUCCUCUUUACUGCUAGGCUGUCUCCAGUCCAGACAAUGUGAUACUGUGUUGUGGCUGGCCAGACAGCAUCAUCUCUACAAAACAAUACUAUAAAGUCUCUUUAGCAUUAUGUCCAGCUUGUAAAUUGGAGCCCAACUUACCAGCUGGGAAUGACUGUGUAAUUGCUGAGUUACCUGCAUGACCAGCUAUUAGCCCCGGCCCAGAUUCUGCAGCUCUUAGAUCAGGGAAUGCUCCUGUUGACUUCAAAGAAGGUCUCCAGGACGUGGCUUUCUGUAACCUAUAAGUUCUGUGUUGGGAAGGGGAUCCCUCUGAAGUUGUGGCACAUACAGAGUAGUUACGUGCUGUCUAUGCGCUGUGAAAUAGCACUGCCUCCCGUAUUGCAAUUGUAGCUCAUACCAGUGUUCAGUUAGCAGUAGGGACAGAAGGCCAGUGCACUCUCUAAUACAGUAACCACGUUGUCCUAGGUAUUUAAAAGCUUUCCAUAUUGUCAAAGAGAAGAAAAAUGGUCCUCUUGGACAUCCCAGGUUGCCCUACAACCCCACCUUAGAGAUAAAGCACAUCCAUUUCAUUAGCCAGGGCUUUGCAAGCAAUACUUGAGACUGAGUUAGUUUUUAUAUGUUCACCAGGAAAUUCCAAGGCCAUUCCUGUUCCGUGUGGUUGAAGAUAGAACUUUUCUACCCGUGUUGAAUCUCUAAUGCUUUAUUAAGACCCUGGAGGUCCUGCAGUUAGCACACAGCUGUUAAAGCUCAAGGGAGCUUAGAUGGUUGAACAAAAGUUCCGUGGUUAUUUUAAAUCCUAAGGAAAACCUGUUUCUAGUUGCUAACUAGUCUUUAGCUUCUUUUUAAUCUUGUAGCCCCAUCUGGGGCUGUUUCAGUGGCACCACCUCAUGGUCCUGUUUUAUUGGGCAGUGCUGUUGGUUUAAACAUUUUGUGGAGAAGAGUCGUUCUGACGUGUUACAGAACUAAAUCUGGCAGCAGGGGGGGAAAAGGGAUAAAGAAAAAAGCAGCACCGUGUGCCAGGUUACCAGCAUCUCCUUGUGAGUCAUCCCCGGGUAGAGGGGUCAGGUUUUUGUGAGGGAAUGCUUUUGGUAAUGUUUUCUUUGGAAGAAAAUAUAUAGAAAGGGGCCAUGAGGUGAGCCACGUUGGGCAUUGCUAGCUGACUCCCUAGGGAAGGGCUGACCUCAGCGCAGGCUCACCAAGGGAGUCCACUGUGAGUACCUGCUCUCUCAGUAGAGGUGUGUGUUGCAUUAGGACUAGUAGCAGUUUUCAAGCCUUGUAGUACAGUCUCCCCACAGCUGCCAGUUACCUGCUGAAGUCUCCAGUCAAAGCAGGGACAAUGUGUUUGGUUCAGGCUAUUUGGGAUUCAGGUAAUGAGAGCUGGAGGUCAACCCUCUCUCUCUGUGGAAGCCUUAACUCCCCACUCCUGCCCCACAGCAACUCUCCUAACCUCCAUUUUGGCCUUACGUUAACCAGGACUAUCCUACUAUGAGGGAGCUGAGCCCAGCUCCCAGGAAUUGUCAGGCCUCACUGGAUAUUCCUGCUCAAAGCCACUGUCUCCCUCUAGAGAUCAAGUGCCAUCCUUGGACAACCUCUAUUCCUUCUAGUCUUGUCAUGGCUCCUGCCUGAGCCUGGGCCCUGCAGCCCAGUACAUUGUGUGAGGUGCCAAGUACCCUGUUGCCCCAUGAGAAGGAGAAGCUGUAAAGAGCUUCUGGAAGUGCACACCCAUAUACUGAGGUGGCUGCUACACGCAUCCUUCCUUUUGAGAAUAAGGUCUCUGUUUAAUAAAGGCAGCAGAAAACAUCCCUCUGCAUGCAGCCACAUCAGCGCAUACUUAAAGGGCUGAAAGCUCUCAGAGAACCCAAACUAACUGCUGUAUGCUAGUGUUGAGCAACAAGGACAAAAAGGAAAACAAAAAGCAAGGUUAAGGCACCAGCUUUCCCCAGAGAAUAGUACACAAGCACCUUUCUUUUAGUGUAGCUACUGCCCGUGGCUUAAACAUUAAGUACAAUUCAGGAGGCGUCCCGCAUCCACCCCACACAAAGCCAUAUAGUGAACUAUGCAGUCCUCUUGCACUGUGGUUAUUUUACAUCCUCAUCAACUGAGUCAGCAUCAAGUCAAAACAUCCCAAAAUCGUAGCCGAGCUUACAGAGGGCAUCAUGCAUCAGAGCGAGGAGGGAGGGUUACACCAGAUGUGUCAGUAGGACCCGUGGGUUGGUAGUUCAGUUCUUAGUGUCCUAGCAGAGAAAUGGGAGAGCAACACAAAGAACACUCUUAUUGCAAGUCCCGUUCUGCUCCAGGUAGUAAAUCCUUGCCUAACUCUAUCUCCAGCGAUACGACAAGCAGCUAUGUUCUUAAAUAACACUCUUCUAAGUUGCCACAACCUGUCUGCAUCCGAAAUUGCUGCUUCCCAGGUUUCCAGCCAAGGUUCUCCCUAAUGCACGCAGGUGACACUGGAUUGUCACCUCUGCUUUAGAGCAGAGACUGCUCUAACCCAGGAGAGACCUCCCUUAGGGAAGGGGGAGUGCAGAUGUUAGGUAAUGAGGACCUAGCCCCUAUGAAGUCUUAAGUAAAGCAUUAAUGUCUCCCUGUUAAAAAGAGUCUUAUCAGGUGAAAUCUAUAUGCACAGACAAAAUACCCACAACUUUGUGCCUGUGCCUUUCUAGAGGUCCUGGGUUUAUGCUCAUCAUUUGAAGGGGGGGUCAGUAAGGAUUUCACAGUGGUAGUAAGUUGCUACACCAAACCAAAACCAACUUGAAAACCUGCUGUUCCUCUUUACCUCCAGAAAGGGACAGACCCUCCUGUGUACUCUGUUCAUCAGUACAUGGACUGAAGCAUUGGGAAACGUGGAUGAGAACCUGUUUUGCUUCCCUUGGAGGCAGCUUAGGAGGGCAGCAAUUUCCCCCGAGCCUCGUGCUGCAGAUCCCUGAUGGUGAAAGGCAUGGUCUGGUCUCAACAGACACAAAACCUGCAUGUGUGGAGUCUUGCCUCGUCCAGUUGUGGGGAGGGAGGAGGAAAGGGUUGUUUUGCAGUUCAUUUUCCUGCUGUAAAAGACUUGAUUUUUCUUCCCUGAGCCGCAUGAGAGAAAACAUCCCAGAAAGUCUUGGGUUCCCUUUGGAGUUCCCUUCACUUUAAUUUAUAUAGUGUCUUUUUUUGUGAACUGGUGUAAAAUGUAUAUGCCGACAAGCUCAUGUAUUUUUAUGUAAAUAUUUUUUGUGGUUUCCCCACUUGCCCUUCUCUGUAAAUAUUUAGAAUUCUCAUCUUCUUCUCACCUCGUAUGAUGCAGAUGUGGUUUUGUUUCUGUUUUUUAUUUGUACUGUAAUGCAACAAUCCAGACUGAGGUGUCUUGUGGUAUUAAACAAAAGCAACAGUCCCACUGAGCUCACACUCAGAUGUGCAACUUGACAGCAUUAAUCAAGCCAGGUUAAAAACUA